UCCUUUUCUUAUUUUUCACAUCCCGCCAAAUUGAAUUCUCAUUCCCGCAAAACCUUUCUCAUUCAGUUUAUCACUUUUUGCAGCCCUACUUCCCUUUCUUCUUCUCCACACACCAUCCUUAUCCCAAACCUCACCUUCGUUAACUGCAGCAACCUUUAGCUUCAAUGUCCCCAACUCCAGUCUCGCCGUCUCCUCCUUACUGGUACGUCGCGUCCUCUAAUCUCUUCAUUGUUGGUUCGUUGCGUUCUCAUCUUCUCCUCCUCGUCGGUCUUCAUCUCUUAUCAACAAGUCUUAGUUUCAGAUGGAGAUGUCUCAGGUAAUAACAUUUAUUUUGGAUUCUUAGUUUAUGGCUUUCAGUUCCUGGUUUAUUCUGAUUUUGUACUAUUUUUGGGUUUAUUCUUAUUUGAAUUUUGGGGUUUAUUCUGAGUUUAAUUUGUAUAAGCCAAACCCUAGCCCGUGGAACUUUUGGUACUGUCCACCGUAGUGUCUAUGAUGGCCAAGAUGUUGCUGGUAACCCCUGUUCUUCUCUUUCUCUGUUUACUACUUUUUAUUAAUUUUAUUACUGUUGUUGUUACUAUUGAUUACUUUAAUUCAAUUGGAUCACUGAUAAGCAUAGCCAAUUUCUUUGUUAGUCUUAGUUUUUGGAGCAAAAUUCGGUUGGAUCAAGUACUUGAUCAAAAGUUAUGGCUGUUAGUUACAUUGCAUUUCUUUUAUAGUGAUUGGUGAUGGGUAGCUUUGAAUCUCUUUGCAUGUUGGGGCUCAUAUAUGAAAAUUCAUGUGAUCCUGAUUUGUUGUUUUUGUGUGGUGACUAAGAAAUAAAAUAUAUUUUCAAUGUUAUAUUGAGGUUGGUUGUGCUUUUGAUGGAAUUAUUGGUUUACUUUUUUCUUUCUUUCUUUCUUUCCUUUUUUUAUUUUCGCAUUUCCACUGUUAAUCAAUCCUGUGAUUAUUACUCAAUGAUCAAUUAAAAUACUGGACUAUGGUGAAGAAGGGCAACGGAGCUGCCCUGAGAUCGGUGUUUACACAAGAAGUUGCUAUUUGGCAUAAACUUGAUCAUCCAAAUGUGACAAAGGUCAUUUUCAUUUUUAUUCAGUUAAUUUUGUUGUUGUUGGUUGAGCUCGUUAGUUGUUAUAAUAGCAUAUCAUCGGCUGCUGUUUCGUGGAGGGUUAGUCAAUUGACGCCUCUAAUGCCUAUGUAUAAUUGCUUUUAGUUUUACUUGUGACACCAAGUUCUUAAAGUUUUCAGAUCAUAUAGCAGUUUCAAGGACUUUGUUUACUACAUCAAGUCCGGUUAAUUAGAGAGUUCAAACCUUUAAGUGUUUAACUGAUCGGAUAGUCUAUUGAUAUAGGAGACACUAACUUCAUAGCAAUUUAUUGAAAUUAGAGUCAAUAAGAACUUCCAUUUGAUUGGGCAUGCUUAAAAAUCACCGUACUUGAAAUUUAUGAAAUUUAUAUAUUUAAGUCCUGACUUUUUUUAAAUGUGGACAUAUCGAUCCCCCAUAUUCACUUGGGUCUGUCAGACUCAACAAAAAAAAUUAAAUGUGACUCCCAUUGUAUUAACUUAGUUGAUACGGAUGCACACAUGUGAGAGUUUUUAAAAUUGGACAAAUUAGACUCAGGAAUUGAUAUGUCCAGAUUUUAAAGAGGUUAGGGACUUAAAUGUAUUUUUAAAUUAUAAGAGACUUAGAUGUCUCAGAGAUCGAUUUUAACUAUUUAUUUUUAAUUGAUUAUUUUGAGGUUGGGAAUAUGAUUAAUUAUUAUGACACGUGAAUAGGGCUGAAAUCAUAAAAGCACAAAAUGGUGGAGAGCAAAUUAAAGUGGAAACAGAACAGAUCAGAACCAAGAAUAUUUUUACCAGGCCUCUCCUUUUUCUUAUUUUUAUGCUCAUUUACGUAGAAACAAAGUUGCCGCAUAAGUCAUAACAUUCCCCCCGUCGUCAGUCAAUUUUUUUAUUAUUUAUCUUUUAACUAAAUCAUUAAUUAUUUGUACAUAUGCAUGUAUUGUAUAUAUUUCAUAAAAUUGAACUGAGAUGUUAGUUGAAUAUGCCAGCUAUCCCAGUAUGGCUUAAAUUAAAUUAAACCAGCUAGGUAGCCAUAGCUUUAAGAUUUAAAAGAAAAUUUACUGCUUUUAUAUAACUAUGGAUUUAUUAUUCUAUUGAUCUAAAUUUUACAUAAAUCAGGAUUUGAAAGCUGUUUCCUUAGGUUUAUUACGUGUCAUUAGAAAUGUUGAUUGCUAGAAAGAACAACUUAAGUUGCAAGCAUUACUCCUUAAGCUUGCUUUUAUUAUUAUGAUGAGGAGUAACACUAGUUAAGCUCGGUUUACUUGGCACGCAAGGAACCAGAGUGUUUGCAUGAAAUUUUGUUGUUGAAAGAGAUGGAUCGAUAUCUCUGCUGAGGACAAACACCAUUCUCUGGGUUAGAGUUGUGCAAUUCACAGCCACAGUUUUUAUGGUAUGGCCUGCGCUCAACAUUCCUGUCCUUCGUUGAUAUGCUUCCUUCCAUAACCCCCCGAACCAUCAUCAUUUCAGACGCUCCACUCGCCAUUCCUCUCAAACUUGUAUUACUUGGAACAAUGUCACUGACUAGUAAACCCCCUCCUAAAAUCAGAAUUGAAGGAGAGCAUUGCCCUGGUGCGGUGGUGGAAUGGUACCAACGUUCUGCAUCAAAGGAUCAAAGACACGAUUUUGACCUGAGCUUGAAGGCGAAGAAACACCUCGUUUCGUUGGGUUGGACCUUUUCUUAUUGCGACAAGAAAACUCGCUGGGAACUUCGUUACAAAUCCCCUUCUGGAUCACAGCAAUCUCAAUCCAAGGUAACCGGUGGUAGGCCUCGGAGACGCAAGAAACCGAGUGACGAUGAAGAUUGGACUCUUCCGGAGACGCAAGUAUCCAAUUUAGUAAGUCCUCGUUCUGGUGAAAGUCCUGCUGCCGCAAGAAAAGUAAGGAGACGGAGUUCUUCUGAUAAUCGGAAUCCAAGAACGAUUCUUUCUUGGCUGAUGGACAACAAUGUGGUGGCGCAGGAGGCGUGGGUUUUCUGCCGUGGAGAAUUGGUGAAGAGAGGGAAGCUGUUUCGUUCUGGUAUUUUCUGCCAUUGUUGUGAUUCUUUAUGGACACUCUCUCAAUUCCAGGCUCAUGCCGGUUGCAAAGGUCAACCUCCCUCUGCUAGUAUCUUCUUGGAACAAGAUAAAAGGUCUUUGCUGGAUUGCCAGAAACAAGCAUUGAUGAUGAUCAAGGCUAACAACAAUGGGGAUAAUGAUCAUCAUCAUGAAAAUGAUUCCAUUUGUUCAAUUUGUCUCCAGGGGGGUUUCAUUCUUCUCUGUGAUCACUGUCCGGCGUCAUUCCACGCCGAAUGUAUUGGCCUUGAUCAUGUUCCCCCUGGUGAUUGGUUCUGCCCUUCAUGCUCUUGCAGACUUUGCAACCGUCCCAAAUGCAGAGAGGAAAGUCAUUUGGCUAACAAUUUUAUAGCUUGUUAUCAGUGUCAACGCAGAUUCCACAUUGGAUGUUUAGCUUCUAGAGGCUUUGCUUUUCUGAACAUGGAAACCGAUUGGUUUUGCAAUGAAGAUUGUCACAAGAUAUUUUUGACACUGAAUAACAUGUUGGGAAAACCAAUUCCUGUGGGUGAUGGUAAUCUAACUUGGACAUUGUUGACGAGCCUCAAGAAAAGCACUAAUGACAAUGAUGACGAUGGAACCAUUACUGAAAUGGAGAGCAAGCUAAAUGUCGCACUUGGAAUAAUUCAUGAGUGUUUUGUGCCCAUCAUAGAUCCUGUAUUUGGAAGAGACAUUGCUGCAGAUAUUAUGUUCAGCAGAUAUUCACGGCUGCCACGUAUGAACUUUACAGGGUUCUACACUGUGAUUCUAGAGAGGAAUGAUGAGGUGUUCUCUGUUGCAAACACAAGGAUUUAUGGCCAAAAGCUUGCAGAAGUGCCGCUUGUCGCGACGAGGGACCAGUAUCGAAACCGGGGAAUGUGUCGAAUUCUGAUGGAUCAGCUUGAGAAGCUGUUGGUUAAGUUGGGUGUUGAGAGGUUGCUAUUGCCUGCCGCUCCUUAUUUAGUAGAAACUUGGACAAACUCAUUUGGAUUUGCAAAAAUGACACACUCAGAUCAGUAUUACUGUGUAGGUUAUCCUCUUGCAAAUUUUCCAGACACAACAUUGUGCCACAAAUCAUUGAAGCAACCUUUGAUGCUGUAUUGAGGUCUAAAACGAUUGCAUGGAGUUGGAAGUAGUGAC